ACAAGCCUUGUGUAUUUGAUAAAUAACUAGAAUGGAGGGCUUGUUUUGACAAGUGAGGAAAUUUGCUUAAAGAAAGUGAAAACCAAUUAAGGCAAAAACUGGAAUAUCAGGUUGGACAUGUGGGCUUUUAUCCUACAGCCAGUGGAGAGUAUUGAAAGUUCUGAGAAGAAACAUUAAUUCUAUGUUGUAGCAAGCUUAUUCUGCCCCAGCAAGGAAGGGAAAGAAUGGGAAUCUGGAAGCUUAGCGUGACAGGAUGCUAAAAGGAAGUUUUGGAUGAGGGUGCCAAGUUCUUCCCCAGCUGAUACUUUUGUGUGUUGGUGCUUGAAAACCUUCCCUCAUUAGAAUUGCUGGGGACUGCGCACCAGUUGUACUCUUCAUAAUGGUGAAUACAACUCUGUAUUGUUGCUUACCCCUCUUUUAGCCCCCAGGAAUCUGGUAAUGGCUCUAGCCUCUCUCAGCCAAAAUCUACUUCCCCAUCCCCACUGUUAGGACCUGGUAUGACCCACAUCUGGGAUAUUUACACAUCCUUUGCAGCAUGUAGGUUGUUAAUUGGGCUAACAUACAUGUCUGGUCCACUCAACAAUAUUGCUUAUUGUAUAUUAAUACAUGGCCAUUCUGAUUAUGAAGUUCAGUCAUCUAUCUACCUGAGUCCAGCCUGUUCCAGGGCAUUGACAACAAUGAGUUUUGGGACCUGCAAGGCUAAGAAUCAGAUCCUAGUUUGUGGAAAUUUGACUAGCGUGUUAUCACCUGUGAAGCUUCUCAAUGUACUUAAAAGCCAGCUUGACUUCCUUUUUGGAUAGGCAAACCUUACAGUGUGCAUUCUACAGAUGUGUGUGAGUGAGUGUGUGUGUUGGAUGAAGACCUUUGAUUUGAACAUGAUGAAUUUCAAGAAAUAUUGGAACAAUCAUCUGAUCUUAUACAUGAUAGAUCCCUAAUAAAUGUUUAAUGACAAUGAGUUGAAGGAAAAGGGAUAUGGAACUGGAGCAUAGGUCAGGGCUGGAACGAGACAGAAGAGCUCUUAGGACAGAAUCAUAGUUGAGGCUCGAGAAAGGAAACUUGAGAGAGAGAAAGCUUCAGGCCUCAGGAAGGAGGAGGAGGAAGUUAGACUGCCAAAAGAGAUAGUAUGGUCAUACAUAUAUCUUAAAAAUCAGCAGGGGUGGUGUUAUGAAAGAUAAAGGAGCAAUUUCAAAGGGAGAGUGAUUAACCAGCCUUCAGUGCUACUUAUGCAAUUGGUAAAUUCUUUGUUAUUUUAUUAUUUCUAUUGCACAAAAAGGCUGUGAAGAUAUUACAGUUUUAAGAACAGUUGAAGCUCCUCAAAUGAAUGAAUUAAAAUGGAUUUGCUAUUUGAAGGGGCUUAAAUAUUUAAUUUUGAUACUCCUUUUAAACACUCAAAUUAAAAAAAGUGAUUUUUUUUUUUAUGUGUUCUCAGGUAUGAUAAGUAUUCUCAGCAACAUAAUAGUUCUGGGCAUCUUCAUUAAGUACAAGGAACUUCGGACCCCCACAAAUGCAAUUAUCAUUAACCUGGCUGUUACUGACAUAGGGGUCAGUAGCAUUGGAUAUCCCAUGUCUGCAGCUUCAGAUCUGCAUGGAAGUUGGAAAUUUGGAUAUGCAGGAUGUCAGAUUUAUGCUGGGUUGAAUAUCUUUUUUGGAAUGGCAAGUAUUGGAUUACUCACUGUUGUGGCUAUGGAUCGAUACCUGACCAUCUGCAGUCCUAACUCAGGAAGAAGAAUGACCACCAACACUUACAUCAGCAUGAUUCUGGGGGCCUGGCUCAAUGGUCUCUUUUGGGCUUUGAUGCCUAUCAUAGGGUGGGCUAGUUAUGCCCCAGAUCCUACUGGGGCUACUUGUACCAUAAACUGGAGGAAAAAUGAUGCAUCUUUUGUUUCUUUCACGAUGACAGUUAUUGCGAUAAAUUUUAUUGUACCCUUGACAGUGAUGUUUUACUGUUAUUACCAUGUCACUCAAACCAUUAAAUGUCAUGAUACUAGUAACUGCACUGGAUACCUCAACAGAGAUUGGUCAAAUCAGGUAGAUGUGACAAAGAUGUCUGUGAUAAUGAUAUUUAUGUUUCUGGUGGCAUGGUCCCCUUAUUCCAUCGUGUGCUUAUGGGCUUCUUUUGGUGACCCAAAGAAGAUCCCUCCCUCAAUGGCCAUCAUAGCUCCACUAUUUGCAAAAUCUUCUACAUUCUACAAUCCCUGUAUUUAUGUGGUUGCUAAUAAAAAAUUUCGGAAGGCGAUGUUUGCCAUGUUCAAAUGUGAGAAUCGCCAACCUAUGCCCGUGACAAGUAUUUUACCAAUGGAUGUAUCUCAAAACCCACUGACUUCUGGAAGAAAGUGAAAUAAGAGAAAAAGCACACAGUAUCAAAAUUUUUUUAUUUACUUUUUUCUCCAAUGGUUUAGUUUUAUUUUAAAUAUGAUCGUGUUUAGAUCAGAUACAUAGAUUAUUGUCCUAUUAGACCCUAAAUGCCUCAAGUGUAUCUCCUAUUUCUUCUAUUUGUGGGAUGGCUACUGUAGUGAAUGUUUCUUUAUGCCCUUUAUGUAAACUUAUGUCCAUCUCCUUUGAUGAAACUAGGCACAUGAGAUUAAGGCCCAUUCUAUUUCUCCCAAUCAUGGCAUUCAUUACACUGUAUCAAUGACCAAGUAACUUGCCUGGGUCCUCCAUUAGACUAGAAGUAGCCAUUAUUUUAAUAUUGAAAUAAAUUAAUAAUAAUAAAUAGUCUUCAGUAAGUAAAUUACAGAAAUGAGGUGUUGGAUGUUCCUAGAUGGAACUAGACGGAAAACAUUUUUAGCAUUUCACUCUUAAAAUUUUAAUGCAAAUAUUAACAUACUAUUUAACAAAAAUAAUCAAAUGAAUAUUAAACACUUGCUUCUAAAUCACAUUAGUUGAUGCACAUAUUUACUUUAUAUAGCAAUAUAAUUUCUGUAUAUUAUUAUGUAUUCUGCAUUUUCAAUUAACAUUUUUCUGUAUAUAUAUUUCCAUAUAUUUGCCACUAGACUUAAUUUAAUCAGAGUGGGUUUUUUGUGUUUUGUUCUUUUGUUCCUAUUUUGUCUGAAAUUUACUUCAUAGUGGCAAGAACACAGCAUGCAAUCUACCCUCUCAACCAGUUUUUAAGUGUACAAUAUAGUAUUGCUAACUGUGACUACAGUAUUGCACAGCAGAUCUGUAGAACUUAUUGUCUUGCUUAACUGAAAUGGCUAUUGAUAGCUGUAUGCUUGCUCUUUGAUGUAUUCUUAGCACAUAACUGCAUGUUGCUUGGUACAUAGUAGGCACUCAAUAAAAAAAACUGUUGAAUGUGAAAUGCAUUUAUAGACUCAUGUAUUUGUUGUUUGAAAUAACCAUUAAGCAUAGUAUGAUAAUGUAAUACUGUUUAAAUAAUGGACAUUUAAAAUCUGCAGUAUUUUAUUUUAAUUGAGCACAUUUUG